CUUCAACAAGCUGUCAAAAAGACAGAUGGCCUCCAUCUGUCUAUUUUCAUUUAUUUAAGAAAUAUGUGAAAAUAUUCUGUUAACAUGACCACUUGAUAUAUAAUGUUAAAAACAGAAAAAAAUCUUACAAUGUACCAAGUUGUACACACUGGAAAUGCUGACUGCACUUAACUGUCAUGCAAACGAUGUUUUUCAUCAUAUUUGCACAACAUGAGAUCAAAUUUACUGUCCUCAAGAGAAGAAUGUGUGGAAAUCUGCUGUAUCAGGGCAUCUCUGUAGCUAAAAGACUGUUUCUGUACAUAAUAAAUUGAGAAAAUAAGCUGUUUUUUUAUGCAUAUCUCAGGUCCACUUCCUCCGCCGCUGCCUCCUCGCCGCCUGAGAAAACCUCGACCCACUUCCCUUCCCAAUAUGCCUUUACUCUCCUCUCAACUUCCUGUCACUCCUCUCUCUCUCCCUCCUCCGGUUCCUCCCAGACUUGAUUUGCUGGAAGAAGAAAAUCGUUUUAAAGUCAACAUCAAUGUCAUCUCACUUGGUCUUGGAAAACUGGCUGACAUGAGCCAAGAUGCAGGUCUGGAGACCUUCCAGAACCCGGUGAUUUGUGGGAAAUGUAGUGCUGCGCUGUCAUGUCUCAGCUCAGUAUGGAAGAAGUUGUGGGUAUGCGAGUUCUGUGGGUAUGAAAACGGUGUAGACGAAAGUUUGGCCCAGGUGUGCAUCGGUCAGCGUGCGGGUGUGCGCACUGACGACCUUUACCUGCCGAGAAUGAGCGAAGACGACUACCAGAACCUGGAGGACACGAUGGUUGUUUUCUGUGUGGACAUUUCUGGCAGCAUGACGGUCACAACAGAGGUGACUUCAGACAGCGGCCCAACGCUUCACAUAUCCAGACUAGAGGGAAUCCAGGAUGCUCUUCAGAAGACGCUAACGUUCACGCUGCAGCAGACGCCGCACCGUAGGGUGGCCCUCGUCACCUUUAAUGAUGAGGUUGUUAUCUACGGGGAUGGCAGUCGGACUCCGCUCACCAUCAAGGACUGGGCGCUGGUUGACUACGAACACAUCUGGAAACAGGCUUUGGGCUACAGCGUCCCUCACUGCAUCGCUGAGACAUACCAACAUCUCACCCAGAGAGUCAAAGAGUUAAGGGAAAAUGGAGCAACAGCUCUCGGUCCGGCAGCGUUAGCUGCAGUAGCUUUAGCAUCAAAAUACCCCGGCUCCAAGGUCAUUUUGUGCACUGAUGGCAGAGCCAACAUCGGACUCGGUGACAUGGAGCAAGCUCAGUCCUCUUAUGCAGAGGCUCUGUAUUUCUACAGAGAGCUGGCUCUGCAGGCAGUAGAGAAAGGAGUCAUAAUCUCAGUAAUGUCCUUUAAAGGGACAGACUGCUGCCUGGCUGGCAUUGGGAGAAUGGCUGAUGUGACCGGAGGAAGGGUGAACAUUGUUAGCAUCGGCACCAUGGCGUCAGAGAUCCAGUCCAUUUCUGAAGACAACGUGUUGGCAACAAGUGUCACUGCAACCCUGCUUGCUCCUCAUGGAGUAUAUUUCCCAUAUGAGGAGGAGAACAAUCACAAACUGGUGAGAGAGAUCGGAAACGUAACAAAGGGACUGGAGAUCACCUUCCAGUUUGCUGUGAAACCAGAUUGCAUGGACUAUUGUCUCCAGAGGAACACGCUUCCAUUCCAGCUGCAGCUCAGCUUCAAGACCAGAGACCAGCAGAAAGUCACCCGCAUCAUCACCGAACAACGGCCAGUGGCCACCAGCAGUCAGAUUCUCCUGGGAAGACUCAACACGGCGGUGCUGGCCGUCCACUGCGCUCAGCUCUGCGCUGGUUUAACCAUGGAGGGCCGCGUGACUGAAGCACAGAGGCAGCUGGCAGCUCAACAAGACCUGCUCCAUCACAUCAGUAAGCUGAGGCCAAUCCAAAAGGAAGAGAGUAUCUAUGGCAACUGGAUGGAAACCAUGACGACAAUUUGUGGCAACAUGGCAGCAGACUCUCAGUCUCUGUCGGACGAAGCAGCUGAGGUGGUGUACCAGAUGAAGAAAGCCAGAAGCAUCACGGCUCCCGUCCAGAAAAAGACUUUAGGAAGGAAAAAGGUCAUGGAAGCAGUGUAAAAAAAAAAAAAAAAAAAGCUGAUUCUACAGAGAGAAAUAUACAAUGUGAAUUAAUGAACGGCUAGUGUUAGUUAUCUAUGUUGUACCUGUG